UGGGCAGAGUAACAGAGGGAUGGGCUACACACAUCUUAUGAAAUAUAUUUAAAUGAGAGGGAAGCAAAAAUACCCAGUGGCUCUGUUUCUAACUCCUUUUUCUUCACUACCUUGUGUGGAGCUGGCACACGUUUCUGGAGAGAAUACAAAAAUGUCUGGCAGGCAUGCCAUGCUCUCCCUCUUUCAGAUGGUCUCACGUAGGAAAAGGGUAACAGAUGAUGGCUGCAAAGAAUCAAACUUGCGCCGCUGCCUUUCCACCAUGGACUUGGUGGCUCUGGGGGUGGGCAGUACAUUGGGGGCUGGGGUUUAUGUCCUAGCAGGGGAAGUAGCCAAGACCAGCUCAGGCCCCAGUAUCAUCAUUUCCUUUCUGAUUGCUGCUCUAGUAUCCAUCUUGGCAGGAUUGUGUUAUGCUGAGUUUGGUGCUCGAGUUCCUCUGACUGGAUCGGCUUAUCUCUACAGCUACAUAACAGUUGGAGAGCUGUGGGCAUUCAUCACUGGCUGGAACCUGCUGCUUUCCUACAUCAUUGGCACUUCUAGUGUAGCCAGAGCCUGGAGUGCUACAUUUGACCAGCUCUUGGGAAAACAAAUGGAGGCCUUUUUCAGCAAGCACAUGGCCAUGAACUCUCCAGGACUGGCUGGAUAUCCUGACAUCUUUGCCGUUUGCCUCAUCGUCAUCCUAGCAGGCCUUCUCUCCAUUGGGGCAAAAGAAUCCACCACAGUCAAUAAAAUCUUCACAGCUAUUAAUAUAUUGGUCCUCAUAUUCAUAAUAAUCAGUGGAUUAAUCAAAGGAGACCUGAAAAACUGGAAGAUGGAUGAGAAUGAUUUAAGAAUGGCUAUCAAUAAAAUUAGCAACCAAUCUGUGACUGUCAAUGGCACCUUGAUGUUUGGGGUUGGAGGGUUCAUGCCCUAUGGUUUCAGUGGAACCCUUGCUGGAGCUGCUACAUGCUUCUAUGCUUUUGUUGGGUUUGACUGCAUUGCUACCACAGGGGAAGAAGUAAAGAAUCCCCAGAAAUCAGUCCCAAUUGGAAUUGUCCUCUCCCUGCUCAUCUGCUUCCUAGCCUACUUUGGUGUUUCAGCUGCCUUGACUUUGAUGAUGCCAUAUCAUCUUUUGGACCCCAUGAGUCCUCUUCCAGUGGCUUUUGAAUACAUUGGAUGGAGCAUGGCCAAGUAUGCUGUAGCUGUGGGGUCACUCUGUGCUCUAACCACCAGUUUAUUGGGUUCUAUGUUCCCGAUGCCAAGGAUUUUAUUUGCCAUGGCCAGAGAUGGACUCCUCUUCCAAUCGUUGGCCAAAGUGAGCAGUCGGCAAAGCCCUAUGGUUGCAACUAUUGUGUCUGGAGCAGUGGCAGCUGUCAUGGCUUUUCUUUUUGACUUGAAGGCCUUGGUUGACAUGAUGUCCAUUGGAACACUGUUGGCUUACACUCUGGUAGCCAUCUGCAUUCUUCUCCUCAGGUACCAACCUGAUCCCAACUCUCCAGAUCCAUCAGAAAUGAAGAACCCAGGCAGAAUUCUCUGGAUGGACCUCCUUCUUUAUCCUUCUAUGACCCCAUCCCAGCAUUCUUCCAACCUGGUGUCCCAUACUGUAUUUAUAACUGCUAUUCUAGUCUGCAUCAUGAGUGUGCUAGCCACAAUGGGACUGCCAUGUUUGAUCUCUGGAGGGGCCUGGUGCAUUGCCUGUCUUUCUCUUCUAUUCCUGGGGAUUGUUGUGGCCUCCUUAAUCAUUUGGAGGCAGCCUCAGAGCCAAAAGAAAGCUGACUUCAUGGUCCCAUGCUUGCCUUUCCUACCCAUCCUCAGUGUCCUAGUCAACACCUACCUCAUGGCCCAGCUCAGCAGUGAUACCUGGCUUCGGUACACAGUGUGGAUGAUUAUUGGCUUUGUCAUUUACUUUGGCUAUGGGAUUCACCACAGUGCAGAGAGACAAGGGAGCAAAGAUCCGUCUUCCCAGAAGACAAAGCACACAACCAUUGAUACAGAUUCAGCUGUCGCUUGGAAGAAAUAAUUCAGGAGAUGCCACAUUCACAGUGUGGAGCAACUGACUUUUACCAAUAGAAGAACUUCACAGUGAUGUGAUUCCAUGAUGACUGUCUGUUCGUGUUUAAUCAUCUAAAGCAAAACCAAUUCUUAGAUGAUGAUGAUGAUGAUGAUGAUGAUGAUGAUGAUGAUGAUGAUGAUAACUUUAUUUCUAGACUGCCCUCUCACCACAGAAGGACUUAGGACAAAUGUUUGAUCAACUAAUUGAAGUUAUAUCCUGCAGAUGAGUUUGUUUGGCAUAGCAAGUUUGUUUGGCAUUCAUACGUUCAUUUGGUGUCUUUAAAAUAAAUGUUUUUAAUGGAUUCAGAUACUACCAACCCCUAAUCUGUAAUAUGGAGAUAAUACAUUAUAACAGCAUUGUGAUAAUGGAUAGUGAGCUGUGCAUAAGCUACUCAAAACUCUUGAAAGCAUGAUAUGUGACUAAAUAUUCACAGGUGAUGAUGAUCACUGAAUUGUUUUAAAGAAAAAAUAGAUAUGUUCUUGGAAGCAUGUUGGUCAUUAGUUCUGAUAAACAAAGGAAAUGUGGUUAAUGGUCAGAGUAUUGGAAUAUGACUAGGAAGUCUAGUUUCAAAUCCCCAUUCUGCCAUGAAACUCAAUGUACUACUCAUUAAAGCUCAGACUAACCUUCCUCAACAAGAGCAGGUCCUUGCUUAAUAAUGCGAAAGAAGGAUGUUAUCUGUGCUUGUGUUAUCUUAAUUGUCAACCACUUUUUAUUAACACUCAUGAAUUUUUAAGUACAAAUGCUUCUCUUAACAGUCCCAUUAUCACUUCCCCCCCAUAAGAGUCCAACAACGCAGCCAGAUGUGGUGGUUCAUACUAAUAAAUCAACUGGAGUGGGAACAGG